CAAGCCUCUUGCAAUCGCCACUGCCGUACGUCGUCUGCGUGCAGCACAACGCCGUCAGAGCAGUGAUUCAUCACAGCAGCUGUCGCGCACAGCAGCAUCGCUGCUUGCGAGAGGCCGUCGUGCAAGAGUAGCUCAAAUCGCUGGAGAGCAUAGCCAGCCAAUCGAGCAGCAACCAUGGCCUCGAUCCUCGCGCCCAACAUGCAUUUUGCAAAAACAGGGUCAUAUAGCGUCGUCGAGCCCGGCAAGCCGAAAGAAGCACCAACGCCGUCAACGGGCGGCGGCUCCGCGGCCCUCAGCGCGGCCUGCACGCGCCAAGCUAGUACCGUAAAACAGAUGAAGAAGGACGGCAAGCCCGCCGAUCAAAUAGAAAAGGCGGUAGAGGAACUCAAGAGACUACGAGCGGAACUCGCCGUAGCGGAAAAAGCCAACGCGGGCCAGGGCACGGAGCACAACAUCGAUCGAAAGUUGUUUGAUGAAACGGUCUUGAGGAGGAUGUUCGUGGUCCCGGCCUUCGAGAUCCACGGCGGCGUCGCGGGCCUGUUCGACUAUGGACCCCCGGGUUGCGCGCUCAAGCAAAAUAUUGUGGACCAGUGGCGCCGUCACUUCGUGCUCGAGGAGAAGAUGCUCGAGAUGGAGUGCACGUGUCUGACGCCGGAGCCCGUGUUGAAGACGUCGGGUCAUGUGGAUAGGUUUACUGAUCUCAUGGUAAAAGAUAUUGUUACUGGAGACUGCUACCGCGCGGACAAACUACUCGAGGAUCAUAUUGAUGACUUACUCGAGAAGGGCAACUUUUCGUCGUCCGAGGCGGAUGAACACCGCAAGGUCCAGCGGCAGGCCGACGCUUAUAGUCCUGAGGAGUUAGGUGCUAUUCUAGAAAAGUACGGCAUCAAGGCCACUACCACCGGAAACGACCUCACCAAGCCCUUCGCGUUCAACUUGAUGUUCGGGACCAAGAUUGGACCUUCUGGUGCAUUAACGGGUUUUCUGCGACCGGAGACGGCCCAAGGCUUGUUUGUCAAUUUCAAGCGGUUACUAGAUUACAACAAUGGGCGGGUGCCCUUUGCUGCCGCUCAAAUAGGCUUGGGCUUUAGGAACGAGAUCGCGCCGAAGAACGGCCUGCUGCGCGUGCGCGAGUUCACGAUGGCCGAGAUCGAGCAUUUUGUAUGUUGCCGGCGUCCUUCUACGGCGCCUUGUUCGAUGUUGAGCCGUUGCGGACCGCGUCGGGCCGUUGCGGCGUGUCAGAGAGAGCGCGGUCGCGGCGAUGGCGUCGAGGCGAUGCCGGAUGACAGCCGAUGGCGUCGCCGAGAGCCCGUACGCCGUCGACGCGACUCACCCUCCACGAAACGCAGGUCAAGCCCGACGAGAAGAAGCACCCCAAGUUCGCGAACGUGUCGAACGUGACGAUGAAGCUGUUCGACCGCGACGCGCAACUCGGGACCGGUAUUGUUUCGAGCAUGACCUGUGGUGAUGCCGUUGCCAAGGGCACGAUCGCCAACGAAACUUUAGCUUAUUUCAUGGCCAGAACGCAGUUAUUCAUGCUGCGGAUCGGCAUGAAUUCAGAAAAGUUGAGAUUCCGGCAACACCUGUCUACCGAGAUGGCCCACUACGCCGCGGACUGCUGGGAUCUGGAAAUACUAACAGCUUAUGGCUGGGUCGAGUGCGUGGGCCACGCGGACCGCGCGUGCUAUGAUCUGACGGUGCAUGCGAAAGCUACCAAUACGUCGGUCGAGGCCCAAAAAAUGCUCGACAAAGCUGUGGAGGUUUUACAACUCACAGUGAAGCCUGAUAGAAAAACGAUCGGCAUGACCUUCAAGAAGGACCAGAAGGCCGUCUGUUCAGCACUUGAGGGAUUAGAUUCCGACAAGGCUGCUGAAGUAGAAAAGGCCCACUCUGCGGGUCAGCCUUACGAGCUAGACGGGUUUAGUAUUGCACCGGGCAUGGUCUUAUUUACGCGCAAGAAGAAGAUGGUGCAGGUCGUGAAAUUCACGCCUUCCGUGAUCGAACCUUCGUUCGGGGUUGGGCGCAUUUUACACGCUCUCUUGGAGCAUUCUUUCUCUGUCCGAAAGGAAGAUGCGCAGCGCGUCGUCUUCCAGUUCGCGCCGGUCGUCGCGCCCAUCAAGUGCGGCGUCUACAAUCUACAGAGUGGUUCGAAGUUCCCGCCUAUUGUUACAAGAGUAGUAGACUUACUGACGCAAGCGGGCAUCUCCACGAAGGCGGACACGUCGGGCCAGUCUGUUGGCAGAAGGUACGCGCGCGCGGAUGAAUUAGGCGUGCCGUUUGGCGUGACCGUCGACUUUGACACUGUUGAAGAUGAUACUGUUACCUUGAGAGAAAGGGACUCGAUGACGCAAAGAAGGGUGCCCAUCGCCGCGUUGCCGGGGUUGUUGCGGGAGUUGUGUGGGCUGGACGGCGACGUCGUGGCGUGGAAGGACGCGUUGUCGGCGUACCCGGAGGUCGGUGCUUCGGAGGCGUCGGGGCCCAUUACUUUGGAGACGACGUCGCGCGGCGUCUUCUCGCGGCCGGCGGCGCUGGUGAAGAAGUGAGGGGCGCGUGGGGUAUAAGCUUACUCAUCUU